ACAUCGCGCAGCGCGCACCGAGCCGGCCGCGCCGCGCCCGCCGCUCUCGCCGCGGUCUCCUCCUCUAGCGCCCGUCGCGGCCGGUAAAUCUCGGCUGAAGGAGCAGCGGCGGCCCCCGAGUCAACUUUCAUUCCCUUUUUGCUUCUGCCUCACCAUUCUCUUCUCCUCCUCGAAAGAUGGCUGUUUGGAGAAGGGGGAGAAGUUAGGAGGUCGCCGGCGCGGAGCGAAGGAGGGCGCGACAGCCUCAGCAGGAGCGGGCGGAGGUUUCUCCUCUGCCAACCCCUCCUGGAUCAUCGUCAGCAGUUGAACGACAAAGGCUGUGAAUCUGCAUCCUGGUUUUAGCAGUCCCUCUGAUUCUCAUGAUGAGCUCACCUGCACAGCCUGAUGGGGUGGCUGGACGAGAGCAGCUCUUGGCUCAGCAAAGAAUGCACAGUAUGAUCAGCUCAGUGGAUGUGAAGUCAGAAGUUCCUGUGGGCCUGGAGCCCAUCUCACCUUUAGACCUAAGGACAGACCUCAGGAUGAUGAUGCCCGUGGUGGACCCUGUUGUCCGUGAGAAGCAGUUGCAGCAGGAAUUACUUCUUAUCCAGCAGCAGCAACAAAUCCAGAAGCAGCUCCUGAUAGCAGAGUUUCAGAAACAGCAUGAAAACUUGACACGGCAGCACCAGGCUCAGCUUCAGGAGCAUAUCAAGUUGCAACAGGAACUUCUAGCCAUAAAACAGCAACAAGAACUCCUAGAAAAGGAGCAGAAACUGGAGCAGCAGAGGCAAGAACAGGAAGUAGAGAGGCAUCGCAGAGAACAGCAGCUUCCUCCUCUCAGAGGCAAAGAUAGAGGACGAGAAAGGGCAGUGGCAAGUACAGAAGUAAAGCAGAAGCUUCAAGAAUUCCUAUUGAGUAAAUCAGCAACGAAAGACACUCCAACUAAUGGAAAAAAUCAUUCCGUGAGCCGCCAUCCCAAGCUCUGGUACACGGCUGCCCACCACACAUCAUUGGAUCAAAGCUCUCCACCCCUUAGUGGAACAUCUCCAUCCUACAAGUACACAUUACCAGGAGCACAAGAUGCAAAGGAUGAUUUCCCCCUUCGAAAAACUGCCUCUGAGCCCAACUUGAAGGUGCGGUCCAGGUUAAAACAGAAAGUGGCAGAGAGGAGAAGCAGCCCCUUACUCAGGCGGAAGGAUGGAAAUGUUGUCACUUCAUUCAAGAAGCGAAUGUUUGAGGUGACAGAAUCCUCAGUCAGUAGCAGUUCUCCAGGCUCUGGUCCCAGUUCACCAAACAAUGGGCCAACUGGAAGUGUUACUGAAAAUGAGACUUCGGUUUUGCCCCCUACCCCUCAUGCUGAGCAAAUGGUUUCACAGCAACGCAUUCUAAUUCAUGAAGAUUCCAUGAACCUGCUAAGCCUUUAUACCUCUCCUUCUUUGCCCAACAUUACCUUGGGGCUUCCCGCAGUGCCAUCCCAGCUCAAUGCUUCGAAUUCACUCAAAGAAAAGCAGAAGUGUGAGACGCAGACGCUUAGGCAAGGUGUUCCUCUGCCUGGGCAGUAUGGAGGCAGCAUCCCGGCAUCUUCCAGCCACCCUCAUGUUACUUUAGAGGGAAAGCCACCCAACAGCAGCCACCAGGCUCUCCUGCAGCAUUUAUUAUUGAAAGAACAAAUGCGACAGCAAAAGCUUCUUGUAGCUGGUGGAGUUCCCUUACAUCCUCAGUCUCCCUUGGCAACAAAAGAGAGAAUUUCACCUGGCAUUAGAGGUACCCACAAAUUGCCCCGUCACAGACCCCUGAACCGAACCCAGUCUGCACCUUUGCCUCAGAGCACGUUGGCUCAGCUGGUCAUUCAACAGCAACACCAGCAAUUCUUGGAGAAGCAGAAGCAAUACCAGCAGCAGAUCCACAUGAACAAACUGCUUUCGAAAUCUAUUGAACAACUGAAGCAACCAGGCAGUCACCUUGAGGAAGCGGAGGAAGAGCUUCAGGGGGACCAGGCGAUGCAGGAAGACAGAGCGCCCUCUAGUGGCAACAGCACUAGGAGCGACAGCAGUGCUUGUGUGGAUGACACACUGGGACAAGUUGGGGCUGUGAAGGUCAAGGAGGAACCAGUGGACAGUGAUGAAGAUGCUCAGAUCCAGGAAAUGGAAUCUGGGGAGCAGGCUGCUUUUAUGCAACAGCCCUUCCUGGAACCCCCGCACACACGUGCGCUCUCUGUGCGCCAAGCUCCGCUGGCUGCGGUUGGCAUGGAUGGAUUAGAGAAACACCGUCUUGUCUCCAGGACUCACUCUUCCCCUGCUGCCUCUGUUUUACCUCACCCAGCAAUGGACCGCCCCCUCCAGCCUGGCUCUGCAACUGGAAUUGCCUAUGAUCCCUUGAUGCUGAAACACCAGUGCGUUUGUGGCAAUUCCACCACCCACCCUGAGCAUGCUGGACGAAUACAGAGUAUCUGGUCACGACUGCAAGAAACUGGGCUGCUAAAUAAAUGUGAGCGAAUUCAAGGUCGAAAAGCCAGCCUGGAGGAAAUACAGCUUGUUCAUUCUGAACAUCACUCACUGUUGUAUGGCACCAACCCCCUGGACGGACAGAAGCUGGACCCCAGGAUACUUCUAGGUGAUGACUCUCAAAAGUUUUUUUCCUCAUUACCUUGUGGUGGACUUGGGGUGGACAGUGACACCAUUUGGAAUGAGCUGCACUCGUCCGGUGCUGCACGCAUGGCUGUUGGCUGUGUCAUCGAGCUGGCUUCCAAAGUGGCCUCAGGAGAGCUGAAGAAUGGAUUUGCUGUUGUGAGGCCCCCUGGCCAUCACGCUGAAGAAUCCACAGCCAUGGGGUUCUGCUUUUUUAAUUCAGUUGCAAUUACCGCCAAAUACUUGAGAGACCAACUAAAUAUAAGCAAGAUAUUGAUUGUAGAUCUGGAUGUUCACCAUGGAAACGGUACCCAGCAGGCCUUUUAUGCUGACCCCAGCAUCCUGUACAUUUCACUCCAUCGCUAUGAUGAAGGGAACUUUUUCCCUGGCAGUGGAGCCCCAAAUGAGGUUGGAACAGGCCUUGGAGAAGGCUACAAUAUAAAUAUUGCCUGGACAGGUGGCCUUGAUCCUCCCAUGGGAGAUGUUGAGUACCUUGAAGCAUUCAGGACCAUCGUGAAGCCUGUGGCCAAAGAGUUUGAUCCAGACAUGGUCUUAGUAUCUGCUGGAUUUGAUGCAUUGGAAGGCCACACCCCUCCUCUAGGAGGGUACAAAGUGACGGCAAAAUGUUUUGGUCAUUUGACGAAGCAAUUGAUGACAUUGGCUGAUGGACGUGUGGUGUUGGCUCUAGAAGGAGGACAUGAUCUCACAGCCAUCUGUGAUGCAUCAGAAGCCUGUGUAAAUGCCCUUCUAGGAAAUGAGCUGGAGCCACUUGCAGAAGAUAUUCUCCACCAAAGCCCGAAUAUGAAUGCUGUUAUUUCUUUACAGAAGAUCAUCGAAAUUCAAAGCAAGUAUUGGAAGUCAGUAAGGAUGGUGGCUGUGCCAAGGGGCUGUGCUCUGGCUGGUGCUCAGUUGCAAGAGGAGACAGAGACCGUUUCUGCCCUGGCCUCCCUAACAGUGGAUGUGGAACAGCCCUUUGCUCAGGAAGACAGCAGAACUGCUGGUGAGCCUAUGGAAGAGGAGCCAGCCUUGUGAAGUGCCAAGUCCCCCUCUGAUAUUUCCUGUGUGUGACAUCAUUGUGUAUCCCCCCACCCCAGCACCCUCAGACAUGUCUUGUCUGCUGCCUGGGUGGCACAGAUUCAAUGGAACAUAAACACUGGGCACAAAAUUCUGAACAGCAGCUUCACUUGUUCUUUGGAUGGACUUGAAAGGGCAUUAAAGAUUCCUUAAACGUAACCGCUGUGAUUCUAGAGUUACAGUAAACCACGAUUGGAAGAAACUGCGUCCAGCAUGCUUUUAAUAUGCUGGGUGACCCACUCCUAGACACCAAGUUUGAACUAGAAACAUUCAGUACAGCCCUAGAUAUUGUUAAUUUCAGAAGCUAUGACAAGCCAGUGAAAUUUUGGGCAAAACCUGAGACAUAUUCAUUCCUGACAUUCUGAUCAGCUUUUUUUGGGGUAAUUUUUUUUUUCAAACAAACAGUCUUAACUUGUUUACAAGAUUUGCUUUUAGCUAUGAACGGAUCGUAAUUCCACCCAGAAUGUAAUGUUUCUUGUUUGUUUGUUUUGUUUUGUUAGGUUUUUUAUCUGAACUUUAACACACAGUUCAACUGUUCCUAGUAAAAGUUCAAGAUGGAGGAACUAGCAUGAAGCUUUUUUCAGUGGAAUAAACCACACCGUAUCUCGAAGUCCAAAUGCCAAAGGAACCUCACACACUGUAAUAGCGCAAUAUUUUAUAUCACUUUUUUUAAAACGUCCCCAACAUCUUUGUGUUCUCACACACAGGCGAUUUGCAAUUUUGCAAUUGUGUUGGAGAAUGAAGCCCCCCCCACCUCCCAGCCCCACAUACAUCCCUUGUUCUCAUGACAGUAGAUCUGAGCAAAUGUUCCACCAAGCAUUUUCAGUGUCUUUGAAAAGCAAGUAACUUUUCAAAGGUGGUCUUAAUUUGUUGCAUAUCUAUCAAGGACUUAUGCGCUCACCUUUCCUUUUCUGCCCUCUAUCAAUUUCUUUCUUCUUACCUUUCAUCAUUCAUUCCUUCCUUUAGAAAAACUGAAGAUUACCCAUAAUCUCCUCUAUUACUUGAGGGCCUUGACUAUUUAUUUUGUUUACUUUCCAGGUUAACACAGUUGUUUUGUCUGAUUGCGUUUUAUUAACUGUGAAGCCGCUGAGACGAAUAUCAUUAAGCAACGUUGCUAAAUUUUCUAUGUGUUUGAAAUGUGUUAAUGAAGGCACUGCUUAUUUGUAGUCACCUUGAAUUGACUUAACCUAGAAGUUGUGCCUUCAUGUGAAAAAAAACAAAAACAAAAAACAGCCUUUAAACAAGUUUCCUUAGUGUCAAAAGUUAAAAAUAAAGGACAUUUAUUUCUGAGAUAAAAAGUAACUUACUAAAUAUAAGGAGGUUAUCCUCCUACCUCCUAAAAUUCGAUUUCAACAUAUAACUCAAACACCUAGACAUAUUGAGGUAGAAUAUCUCACAGUAUUUAAUAUCUGACAAUGCUUUUGAAAGAGUUGAUGUUUCUUUUUAUAUAUUUUUCUAACUCAAAGGAUAUAUUAAAGCCAUAAGUGAAGAUUGUCAUGCUUUUAUUCAGAAAUCUGAAAGAAACCUUAAUUAAAACAAGGUUUUAGGGAAGGCCAUGAUAUGAAAGAUAUGGAACAAUGUGGUUUUAGUUAGAGAGGACUCUAACCUGUAAAUCAAAGAUGAAAGAUUUCACUCAAGUAGAAUUAUAUAACUCCCUUUGUUAUACAGUCAGACCAUAUUUUUCAUGCAUUUGGUUUUUUUAGGAUUACCAUUUUAAUUUUAAAGACUUUUAUUACAUAUACAAAAAUGGCUCAAUACUUGGUUUAACAUCUUAGAAAUUUGAGACACCCUUUGAAAUAGGAAAUCUGAAAUGGAAUGUAACUUAGUAUUAGGUAAAAAUUGCUUUCAUUGCAUAAGGGCAAAUUCAGUCUAGAUUCAUAGUAGUAAUCAAUUUUUUAUAAAUUUUAUUUUCAUGAUAUUUUCAUGAGAAAUUCAUACCAAUCAUAUUUGCUAGCUUAUGUUAUUUUGCAGUGAUUGCUUGAGGAUAUUUACUUAAAAAAAUAGUACAGCCAAAGGCUUAACAAAAGACUCUCCCCCGUUUUAAAAAGGAAACUCAUGUUUUAAUUAGAAAAAUAAUUGUAUAGUUUUAAAAUCAACUUCAUAAUUAUCUCUGUCAUUACUUUUUAGUCCUCCCAGAUAUUUUUUAGAUGUUGAAUAAGAAAACAGUGUAAUGCAAACAUACUAAUUUACUAGUUUCCUACAACAGUUUAGCCACAUGUUUAUGCCAAGCCAUUAAUCCGAUAAAGCCAAAUCACUAGGACAUCUCCAUGGUUAUUCAGAUUUAAAACUUGACACAUUAAUGAGUUAAUCACACAUUCUCCCAUGUGACACCAUACCCAAUUGGUUGCACUUAGAGUCUUUAAGAUACCUGGAGAAGCAAAUGAACUGGGGAGCGGAUUAUUCACAGCUGAAUGUAGUUGUAAGAACAGAAUGCCAGUGCUUUUUGAUUAUACCAUUAUAAGAUGGAGCAUAGCCCUGAGGGACAGAAUGGAGGCUUUCAGAAAAUAUCAACACUUCUUUUGAAAUAGACCAGCACUUUUUGAAAGGGUAGUUUCACUUGGUAUAGUUUUUCUUCACUUACACGGUUAAAUUGUAUUGCUCGCAAUUGUUCUGAAUAAGAGGCUAGAAGAGUAUUAUCAAUUUUGCAACUCUUUGUGAUCCUUACUUUGAAGGAAAAUCACAUAUGCUCUCUCCCGGUCUCAUGAUAUCUCAUACGGGGUGAAUAAAAAUGAUUUUUGAUAAAUCUACUAGUAAAUAAUACUAGGAAUUUAAUAAGCUGUCAAAUGUAGGUAUAAAAGAAGGCUUAAAAAUUAAUAUUCCCAACUGUAUAAUUUGGGGCUGCAUAUUAAACUAAAAAACACAGAUAGUUUUAUUAAAUAGUAACCAAAAUGGACUUAGAUAAAACCAGAGGCUAUGUUACCAUUGCUUAGUAAAUGGAAAGAACAUUUUGAGAUGAACUAUCUUUAAAUAUUUUACCAAGUUUAUAACAUCAAUAGUGGAGAUAGAAGUCAGCUUUGGAGAAAAGAGAGAUAUUUAUGAAAAAACCACUACAAAUCACAUUUCCGUUACCAAUCCUGGGGAUGGAAAUAUUGCCUUCAGUUUUUACUCCAACCCUACACGACACUCUCACUAACCUCUCACUGACAACAUCAUGGCCUUGAAAGCAGGGGAUCUCCUCCCACAAAGGCUUCAGAAAUUACGGUACUGGUCUCUCUUAAUAGUUUAGUCCUGCUUUAUUUCCAAAGGUCAAUUAUAAAGCCUCGUGGAUUUACUGGGUUCCUUUACAGACUCCAUAUGGAAGUAAAAUAGAAUGAGCAUUUGGAAAGUCCCCUGGGAAAAAAAUUCCUCUUCAAUCAGCAUUUUAAAACUUUUCUUUUUUUUGAGAUGGAGUUUUGCUCUUGGUGCCCAGGCUGGAGUGCAAUGGCACAAUCUCGGCUCACUGCAACCUCCGCCU